GAAGAGGUCCCAUUCCCCUACUCUUUCCGCCCUAAUGGAGGUCUCCAGUUUAGGUAAAUAAAAGGAUUGCUGGGGGCGGGGGAGGGGUUGGGGGGGUGGAGGGAAAGAACUACUAUUUCCAGCAUGCGUUGCGGAAUGAAAGGCCUUCGCCACGCUGUUCCUUGGAAACUGUAGUCUUAUGGAGAGGAACAUCCAAUAUCGAAGCGGGCACAAUUCUCACGGAAAUCCAGUGGAUAGAUUGGAGACCUCCACGCGCUCAUACAUGUCAACAGUUGUGGAUUGGAGUGUUGUUAUGUUUUCGUAUCUUGAGAGCAGAGACUAGGCCAAAAAGAUACCGACAACUCCUAGGAAGACUACAAUUCCCAUCCAGCCUCACGAGUCUUGGGCAAGUAGUCCUGUAAGAUUUCGUCUGCCCCGCCCCGUCGACGCAAUCUCCACCAAUCAAUGUGGUGGUCGUUUUGAGGGACAAGUGGUAAGAACCAAUCAUCUUGGCGAAAACUCGACGAAACAGGAGACUAGUUACUGUCUUUAUCCGCCAUGUUAGAAUCACCCAACAGGGAUAGCGGCAGAGCUGGCAGCUGACAGUCCUUUCGUUGGCCUCCGGCAGGCGCCCCCCGGGGGCGGGAAGCUGCCCCACAGCAUGGAACCACAGGUUACUCUAAAUGUGACUUUUAAAAAUGAAAUUCAAAGCUUUCUGGUUUCUGAUCCAGAAAAUACAACUUGGGCUGAUAUUGAAGCUAUGGUAAAAGUUUCAUUUGAUCUGAAUACUAUUCAGAUAAAAUACCUGGAUGAGGAAAAUGAAGAGGUAUCCAUCAACAGUCAAGGAGAAUAUGAAGAAGCGCUUAAGAUGGCAGUGAAACAGGGAAACCAACUGCAGAUGCAAGUCCACGAAGGGCACCAUGAUGUUGAUGAAUCCCCGCCCCCAGUUGUAGGAGCAAAACGACUAGCUGCCAGGGCAGGGAAGAAGCCACUUGCACAUUACUCUUCACUGGUGAGAGUCUUGGGAUCAGACAUGAAGACCCCAGAGGAUCCUGCAGUGCAGUCGUUUCCACUUGCUCCAUGUGACACAGACCAGCCUCAAGACAAGCCCCCAGACUGGUUCACAAGCUACCUGGAGACAUUCAGAGAACAAGUGGUUAAAGAAACGGUUGAGAAGCUUGAACAGAAAUUACAUGAAAAGCUUGUCCUCCAGAACCCAUCUUUGGGUUCUUGUCCCUCAGAAGUCUCAAUGCCUGCUUCAGAGGAAACAUUGUUUUUGCCAGAAAACCAGUUCAGCUGGCAUAUUGCUUGCAACAACUGCCAAAGAAGGAUUGUUGGUGUCCGCUACCAGUGUAGCCUAUGCCCAUCCUACAAUAUCUGUGAAGAUUGUGAAGCAGGGCCAUAUAGCCACGACACUAACCAUGUCCUGCUGAAGUUGCGGAGACCUGUUGUGGGCUCCUCUGAACCAUUCUCUCACUCAAAGUACUCUACUCCUCGUCUUCCUGCUGCUCUGGAACAAGUCAGGCUCCAGAAACAGGUUGAUAAGAACUUUCUUAAAGCAGAAAAGCAAAGAUUGCGAGCUGAGAAGAAACAACGUAAAGCAGAGGUCAAGGAACUUAAAAAGCAACUUAAACUCCAUAGGAAAAUUCACCUGUGGAAUUCAAUCCAUGGACUCCAGAGCCCCAAGUCUCCUUUAGGCCGACCUGAGAGCUUGCUCCAGUCUAAUACCCUGAUGCUCCCUUUGCAGCCCUGUACCCCCGUUAUGCCAAUGCUCAGUGCAGCAUUUGUGGAUGAGAAUUUGCCUGAUGGGACUCACCUUCAGCCAGGAACCAAGUUUAUCAAACACUGGAGGAUGAAGAAUACAGGAAAUGUGAAGUGGAGUGCAGACACAAAGCUCAAGUUCAUGUGGGGAAACCUGACUUUGGCUUCCACAGAAAAGAAGGAUGUUUUGGUUCCUUGCCUCAAGGCCGGCCAUGUGGGAGUUGUAUCUGUGGAGUUCAUUGCCCCAGCCUUGGAGGGAACGUAUACUUCCCAUUGGCGUCUUUCUCACAAAGGCCAGCAAUUUGGGCCUCGAGUCUGGUGCAGUAUCAUAGUGGAUCCUUUCCCCUCUGAAGAGAGCUCUGAUAACAUUGAAAAGGGCAUGAUCAGCUCAAGCAAAGCUGAUGAUCUCACCUGCCAGCAAGAGGAAGCUUUUCUUCUGGCUAAAGAAGAAAGACAGCUUGGUGAAGUGACUGAGCAGACAGAAGGGACAGCAGCCUGCAUCCCACAGAAGGCAAAAAAUGUUGGCAGUGAGAGGGAGCUCUACAUCCCAUCUGUGGAUCUUCUGACUGCCCAGGACCUGCUGUCCUUUGAGCUGUUGGAUAUAAACAUUGUUCAAGAGUUGGAGAGAGUGCCCCAUAACACCCCUGUGGAUAUGACUCCCUGCAUGUCUCCUCUGCCACAUGACAGUCCUUUAAUAGAGAAGCCAGGCUUGGGGCAGAUAGAGGAAGAGAGUGAAGGGACAGGAUUUAAAGCACUUCCUGAUUCUACAGUGUCAGUAAAGAGAAAGACUCAGAACAUUGCUUCUGUGGAGGAAGCAGAAGAAGACCUGAGUGGGACCCAGUUUGUGUGUGAGACAGUAAUCCGAUCCCUUACCUUGGAUGCUGCCCCAGACCACAACCCUCCUUGCAGACAGAAAUCCUUGCAGAUGAAAUUUGCCUUGCCUAAAGAAGGACCACUUGGAGAUGAGAGGGAGGAGAUUGUCCAUAUCACUGAGGAAGAAGCUGUCAUGGAGGAGGAGGAGGAAGAGGAAGAGGAGGAGGAGGAGGAGCUCAAAGAUGAAGUUCAGAGUCAGUCCUCUGCUUCCUCAGAGGAUUACAUCAUCAUCCUGCCUGAGUGCUUUGAUACCAGCCGCCCCCUGGGGGAUUCCAUGUACAGCUCUGCGCUCUCACAGCCAGGCCUGGAGCGAGGUGCUGAAGGCGAGCCUGGGGUUGAGGCUGGGCAGGAACCAGCUGAGGCUGGGGAGAGACUUCCUGGAGGGGAGAACCAGCCACAGGAGCACAGCAUAAGUGACAUCCUCACCACCUCACAGACUCUGGAAACAGUGCCCCUAAUCCCAGAGGUAGUGGAGCUUCCACCGCCACUGCCCAGGAGCCCUCCUUGUGUACAUCAUCAUGGUUCCCCAGGAGUGGAUUUACCAGUUACCAUAUCAGAAGUUUCUUCAGUCCCUGAUCAGAUCAGAGGAGAGCCCAGAGGCUCAUCAGGACUUGUAAACAGCAGACAGAAGAGCUAUGACCACUCAAGGCACCAUCAUGGGAGCAGCAUUGCUGGAGGACUGGUGAAGGGGGCUUUGUCUGUUGCUGCCUCUGCAUACAAGGCCCUGUUUGCUGGGCCACCCGUCACUGCACAGCCAAUAGUUUCUGAAGAUCAGACAGCAGCCCUGAUGGCCCAUCUCUUUGAAAUGGGAUUCUGUGACAGGCAGCUGAACCUACGGCUGCUGAAGAAACACAAUUACAAUAUCCUGCAGGUUGUGACAGAACUUCUUCAGAUAAACAACAAUGACUGGUACAGCGAACGCUAUUAAGGAGUGACCUUGUAUUAAAUAACUGCCUGCUGCUCAGAGAUGAUCUCUAUUCUGUCAUUGGGGUAUGGGGUAGAAGCCCUUGCUUAUUUUUAAUCUGAUGAAUCUGUGUAGAGCCCAUCGUUGAGUUACCAAGACAAUACCUGUUAUAGUAUUUUGGGGAGCAAGUUAAAGAUCAGAACUUGAAUUUUCACUUUAGACAUUGGAUGAAUAGUAUGAAGACAGUUUUUCAAUUGAUUUGGAUAAAACUAUUUUAGUGCAUUGACAAGUAUAACUUCAACUUCAUAUAGAACCAUUUUUCUUUCUGCUUUUAUUGAAGUUGAGUGUUUUUCUUUGAUUAAUGUGGAUUUUUUUAUGGGGAUAUCUGUUAAUUUUCAGGUUUUGAAAGACAUUAACCUCGUAAGUUGUUUUUAAGAAUUAUUCUCAUAAUUGCUGUAACCCAGCUCAAGCUUCAUAGCUAUUUGGCAUUAAAAUAACACCCAGAGCAUGAUAGAAAUGUUGUUAACUCUUCCUCUCUCAAGGAGAAAGUAAUUUUCCUGCAAGACUUAAUAAUUGGCACCGUUGCUUUCUAAAGACUCCAUGGUGCAUUCAAGAGUACCCAACUUCAAGGGAAUCUCUGCAUUUCAAUGAAAGGAGGAAGAGUGUGCUGAUAAACCCACCAGCACCUAUUGAGCAAUGUCUAUUAUAGUAAUUUUGCAUACAUUUUUAUUUAAGGGAAAAAAUUUAGGUAGUGUGAAAUAUUUUGCUAAUCUCGUAGAAAAGGAAAAAAAUCCUUCUGUUAUUUAAAGGGAAAAGUAAAUUUAACAGUUAUCUUUUUUCUUAAUGUCAGGGCAGAUCUUAUUUUACAGUACAGUGGGGGAAAUAGAAACAUGUGAAAAGCAAAAGGCGGGCUCCUAAACUAAUGUCAGUAAAGUUCAGGGUGGGCAAACGAGUGUGUGUGAGGUAUAGGAAAUGCUGAUGACUUCUUUAAUGCUUGAAAUCCGUUCAGAGGUAUCCAGCCCUAGAAAGCCUAGAACAGGAAGAGGCAGCUGGUAUUGUGCAAAGCUUGGAUGGGGGCAGAGUUGCUGAAAAAGUUUUGGUUUAACCCCAAGAUAAGUGGGAAGGAGCUUGUCCAUGGACCCAGGUUCUCACUCUGUUUACAGAAGGGAGUUGAGUACAGUUGGUGAAGGAAGAGGUAACAAAAAAUGCUAAAUAUUUUAUCCAUGAAAAUGACUUCCAGAAAAGGAAGAAUACGAACUCCAGACCGAAGGGGAAAAGAUAGUUAAAAUAGUAUUAUCUAACCUGGUUGGUAUUUGUAAUGAAUGGUGAUUUUAAUUAGUCAUUAGCCAUAAUGAUGUUUAUUUACAGUAUAACUCCUGAAUGCUACUUAAAUAAACCAGGAUUCAAACUGCAAGCCAACCAGGCCGUUCAUUAUUUAAAACAUUUUAAUCGGGGCUUCCGGGCAGAAGGUGGAGUGGCAGGGUGUGUGUAAUUGGAUUGAUGGGCGGGACCUGUCUUGACCAUCGGAGUUUUAUAGUCGAGGGCCAGGAGGGCCCCGGUUGUCCUCCGUUGUACUUGUACAUAACCACCUAAAGAAUGGUGAAAUAAAUGUUCUUCGAAAUUCCUA